AUGGCGGCGCAAUGUGCUCGUUCCGCGCUGCAGGCGGGGCGAUGUGCGCGUUCCGCGCUGCAGGCGGCGCAAUGUGCGCGUUCCGCGCUGCAGGCGGGGCGAUGUGCGCGUUCCGCGCUGCAGGCGGGGCGAUGUGCGCGUUCCGCGCUGCAGGCGGGGCGAUGUGCGCGUUCCGCGCUGCAGGCGGGGCGAUGUGCUCGUUCCGUGCUGCAGGCGGGGCGAUGUGCGCGUUCCGCGCUGCAGGCGGGGAGAUGUGCUUGUUCCGCGCUGCAGGCGGGGCAAUGUGCUUGUUCCGCGCUGCAGGCGGGGCGAUAUGCUCGUUCCGCGCUGCAGGCGGCGCGAUGUGCUCGUUCCGCGCUGCAGGCGGCGCAAUGUGCACGUUCCGCGCUGCAGGCGGGGCGAUGUGCGCGUUCCGCGCUGCAGGCGGCGCAAUGUGCUCGUUCCGCGCUGCAUGUGGCGCAAUGUGCGCGUUCCGCGCUGCAGGCGCGGCGUGUUGCUUCUUUCCUGAUUCCCGCCCUUUUCUGCCGGUUUCCCGCCUUGUACGAAGAACGUAUGACCGUGGCGCCGCCGCCCGCCUCUCAGCCAAUCACGGAUGGCCACGUGGCGGGGCAGGUGGGCAACGGCGCGGCGAGGAGAGAGGCACGAGGUGAGACCAUGACGAGGCGUCAUCACCUCCUGUACUCCCCUCUCCUCACCUCGUCCGUCCCCCCGUACUCAUCUCCUCUCGUCCUCUCUUCUCACCUCCCCUGUCCCCCGUACUCACCUCCUAAACGCGCUUGUUUUGUGCCCUCGUUAUGCCCUCCCCCCCUGACCUCCUUAAUCCCCCCUCGCCUCCUCUUCCCCCCCCCAAUCACCGCCUCUCUCACCCUCCACCCUCCCACCCCAGAGGUGGCUGAGGUCUGCCGGACUUGGCCUCGACGUCGGACGAGAGGGAGGGAGGCGAGGGAGAUUGCCUCCACACUCACCACCUCUGCUCCCCACACUCACCAUCCCCCCCCACUUAUCACCACUCUUCACCUUCCCCCACCACCGCUCCCCUUUAUUCACCUUUCCCCACUGCUCCCCAGCACUCAUCUCUGCUCCCCUGCGCUCACCUCUGCUCCCCUGCGCUCACCUCUGCUCCCCUGCGCUCACCUCUGCUCCCCUGCGCUCACCUCUGCUCCCCUGCGCUCACCUCUGCUCCCCUGCACUCACCUCUGCUCCCCUGCACUCACCUCUGCUCCCCUGCACUCACCUCUGCUCCCCUGCACUCACCUUUACUGUUCACCCACUUUUCACACCACCGUUUCCCCGUCCCCCACUGUUCACGCCAUUGUUUCCCCGUCCCCAAAUGUUCACACCACUGUUUCUCCGUCCCCCGUUGUUCACACCACGGUUUUUUCCCCACUGUUCACCCACCUUUUGUUCCCUCUGUUCCCUCUGUUCACCCCUCUGCCAUCCCCGCUUGCUCGCCAUGCUCCCCGCACUCACUUGCUAUGCUCCCUCCCCUCCCCCCACUCACUCAUUGCCCGAAACAUCCAGCCAGAGGUGGCUGAGCACUCAUCUCUGCUCCCCUGCGCUCACCUCUGCUCCCCUGCGCUCACCUCUGCUCCCCUGCGCUCACCUCUGCUCCCCUGCGCUCACCUCUGCUCCCCUGCGCUCACCUCUGCUCCCCUGCGCUCACCUCUGCUCCCCUGCGCUCACCUCUGCUCCCCUGCACUCAUCUCUGCUCCCCUGCGCUCACCUCUGCUCCCCUGCGGUCACCUCUGCUCCCCUGCGCUCACCUCUGCUCCCCUGCGCUCACCUCUGCUCCCCUGCGCUCACCUCUGCUCCCCUGCGCUCACCUCUGCUCCCCUGCGCUCACCUCUGCUCCCCUGCACUCACCUCUGCUCCCCUGCACUCACCUCUGCUCCCCUGCACUCACCUCUGCUCCCCUGCACUCACCUUUACUGUUCACCCACUUUUCACACCACCGUUUCCCCGUCCCCCACUGUUCAUGCCAUUGUUUCCCCGUCCCCCACUGUUCACGCCAUUGUUUCCCCGUCCCGAAAUGUUCACACCACUGUUUCUCCGUCCCCCGUUGUUCACACCACGGUUUUUUCCCCACUGUUCACCCACCUUUUGUUCCCUCUGUUCCCUCUGUUCACCCCUCUGCCAUCCCCGCUUGCUCGCCAUGCUCCCCGCACUCACUUGCUAUGCUCCCUCCCCCCACUCACUCAUUGCCCAAAACAGCCAGCCAGUACCCCUUGUUUGCUCUUCGGUGAAGGGGGUGGUGGGCGUGGUGCUCACAGAGAAGGGUGGGUGCAUAAAGAGGCGGUGUGGGAGCGUGAGGUGGAGCACGUGUCCGGAGGAGAGCUGCAGCGCUUUGCCGUUGGAGUGGUGGGGGGGCAGCUGGGAGACAGACAUCUACAUGUGUGGGAGCGUGAGGUGGAGCAUCUGUCAGGAGGCGAGCUGCAACGGUUUGCCAUUGGAGUGGUGGCGGGGCAGCUGGGAGACAUCUACAUGUUCGAUGAGCCUUCCAGCUACCUGGACGUGCGGCAGCGAUUGAAGGCAGCGCAGGUCAUCCGCUCGCUGCUGCGCCCCGACAGAUACGUCAUUGUGGUGGAGCACGAUCUCAGUGUGCUCGACUAUCUCUCGGACUUCAUCUGCUGCCUCUACGGCAAGCCCGGUGCCUACGGGGUGGUCACGCUGCCCUUCUCCGUGCGAGAGGGCAUCAACAUCUUCCUGGCUGGCUUCGUGCCAACCGAGAACCUGCGCUUCCGAGACGAGUCGCUCACAUUCAGGGUUCCUCAAAGCACUCCUUUCCUCCCCUCCACUCCCUCUCCUCCGCCCGUGCCUCUUCUCCUUUCCCCCUCCCAUCAGGGGACGAAAACCCCGGUGGAUAAUCCUGAGGAGGGAGGCCAAGACGUACAGUCGGUUCGGUACAGGUAUUUGGGCAUGAUCAAGAAGCACGGCGGGUUCAACCUCCUCCUUCCCCUCCCUCACUCCAUUCUUUCACCCCCCUUCAUUCCAUCUCAGGUGGCUGAAACCCCGGUGGAUAAUCCUGAAGAGGCCAAGACGUACACGCGGUGGCUGAAACCCCGGUGGAUGAUCCUGAAGAAGCCAAGACGUACACGCGCUACAAUCGAUAACCCUGAAGAGGCCAAGACGUACACGCGCUACAAGUACCCGCGCAUGGUCAAGAAGCAGGGCGGAUUCAAGCUGACGGUGGAACCUGGUGACUUCACGGACUCACAGAUCGUGGUGAUGCUGGGGGAGAACGGCACCGGCAAGACCACCUUUAUCCGCAUGCUGGCGGCUCUCUCAAGGCCGGACCCAGAUGAGGAAACCGGCAAGGAGGCCCAAGAUCCAGACGAGGAGACCGGGAAAGAAGCUGAGGACCUCCCGGAGUUCAACGCUGGUCUCUUAAAGGCUGACCCGGACGAGGAGACCGGCAAGGAGGCCGAGGACCUCCCGGAGUUCAACGUGUCGUACAAGCCGCAGAAGAUCUCCCCCAAGUUCCCCCACAGCGUGCGCGCGCUGCUGCACUCCAAGAUCCGAGACUCGUUCCACCACCCGCAGUUCAACACCGACGUGCUGCGCCCCAUGCAGAUCGACCCGCUCCUGGACCAGGAGGUGGUGAAUUUGUCGGGUGGGGAGCUGCAGCGCGUGGCUAUUACCCUUUGUCUGGGAAAGAUCGACCCCCUGCUCGACCAGGAGGUGGUGAAUUUGUCAGGAGGAGAGUUGCAGCGUGUGGCUAUUUCCCUCUGCCUUGGGAAGGUGCGUCGCUAUUUCCCUCUUUUUGGGAAGCCUGCCGACAUCUACCUCAUAGACGAGCCCUCGGCCUAUCUGGAUUCGGAGCAGCGCAUCGUGGCAGCCAAGCCUGCCGACGUCUACCUGAUUGAUGAACCCUCAGCCUACUUGGAUUCAGAGCAGCGCAUUGUGGCGGCCAAGGUGAUCAAGCGCUUCAUCCUGCACGCCAAGAAGACGGCGUUUGUGGUGGAGCACGACUUCAUCAUGGCCACGUACCUGGCGGACCGCGUCAUCGUGUACGAGGGGCAGCCGUCGGUGGACUGCACGGCGCGCACGCCCCAGUCGCUCAACAGCGGCAUGAACCUCUUCCUCUCGCAACUGGACAUCACGUUCCGGCGCGACCCCACCAACUUUCGGCCGCGCAUCAACAAGAUGGAUUCUGUCAAGGACCGCGAGCAGAAGAAUGCCGGCACCUACUACUACCUGGACGACUGA